AAACAAAUGUCACCCAGUAUAAAACAUCAUAUACAUCGUAUAUGCGUAUAAUCAUAUAUACUUAUAUAUUAUAUAGUAUUAUAUACGAAAUGGUAUUGAUCGGUCCAAGGUAGUAUGGCGCGCGCGUCUAUACACAUAAACAGCCAGCCAGCGCUGUGUGAACUUCUACACUACAAUAAGCUCGUAAGUCGGAAUAAUAAUAAAUUGUCCAGUGGAAAAAAUGUCAAAUCAAAGCAAUUCGAUCGCGGAAGAGGUUGGGCUCAUCGACGGGAUGUUAUUACGACUAUAACGUAAUUCGAGUCUAAUGACAAAUUUGUUUUUUCUGUACGGGAUUUAUGUUCUUCUUAUUAUCGGCCAGACCGCACUGAGUUCACAGAAAUAUCGGCACUGUUACGCUCGGCAUCACAAACGAUCGGCCAACCCGACGUUCAGGUACCGGCCGCACGUGUCGGCGUGCGCGUCACCGUCGUCCACCGUGGCCGCCUCUGACGACGACGACGACGGCGGCGGCUGCGAAGAAUCGCAACGGCGGCGGCAGUCGACGACGACCGAACAGCAGCCGCCGGUCAGGUGGCGGUUACCCGCGGUACCGUCGCCGCCACCGCCGCCACCGUCGCCACCGUCGCCGUCGUCCACGGACCGCGGCUGGACGCCGGGCCGCAAGCUGCACAAGCACCUGUUACUGGUCACCGGACAGGUGUACCACGAGUUCAUAGGCGAGUGUUCGGUGACGGAACAGGCGCGCGACCUGCACGGACUCGGCUCGGCGCUCCGGCGGCGGGAAUCCGGGACGCCCGGCGCCGCCGCCGACUUCGUGCUGGUCCAGGUGGGCACGGGCUGGCGGCUCGACGUCCGGCUGCUGGACGUGCUGGUCGACGGGCUGGGCAACGUGUCCGUGUACGCGGACAAGAAGUAUUACAGCAAAACGAUGGCCAAACACUGCCGGAACAUCGGCGGCGACCGGUGCACGCUGCUCACCAACCUGGUGCCCGUCAUCGAGCAGCUAGAGCGGCCACAGGAAUUCGGCGCCGGCGACGGUGGCGGCGGUGGCGUCGCCAUGUACGACCCGGACUGGAUCCCGGUGCCCGCCGUGCCGCCCCUGCCCCGUAACUUCACCGGCGACACCGAGAAGCAAAUCGAAUAUCUGACGUGGCGGCUGUGCGUCCGAGACAGGCGUCAAAAUUUCUACUACAAACUCGACCAGGACUCGCCGCGGUCCCCCUUGAGUGAUCAGAGCGAUAUUGCCGAGAGUGACAAUGUCGUCUUCGAAACCAGCUUGUCACUUACCGAUAUAUUACCGAUCAAUCCGAAGAACUACGACAAAAACCGCGCGCCGAAAGUACAGGGACAACCGACUAUUGUUUACUUUCACGUCACCGUGCUGUCUUUGGAUUCCAUCAAUGAAGAAUCCAUGACAUAUGUUGCGGACAUAUUUUUGGCACAAAGCUGGCGAGAUCAGAGACUUCGACUUCCAGAAAACAUGAGCGAAGACUACCGUAUACUGGACGUCGAAUGGUUGCACGAUAUAUGGCGACCAGAUUGUUUCUUCAAAAACGCAAAAAAAGUCACGUUUCACGAGAUGAGCAUACCCAACCAUUACUUGUGGCUGUACCACGACAAGACGCUGCUGUAUAUGUCAAAAUUGACGCUGGUAUUAUCGUGUGCAAUGAAAUUUGAAUCGUAUCCACAUGACACACAAAUAUGUUCAAUGAUGAUCGAAAGCCUGUCUCACACAACUCAUGAUUUGGUUUUUAUAUGGAACAUGACAGAUCCAUUAGUGGUAAACCCAGAUAUCGAGUUACCUCAACUUGAUAUAUCCAACAACAUAACUACCGAUUGCACAAUAGAAUACUCAACAGGGAAUUUCACAUGUUUGGCCGUGAUGUUUAAUUUACGAAGACGCUUAGGUUACCAUUUAUUCCACACAUACAUUCCAUCAGCACUCAUCGUUGUCAUGUCGUGGAUUUCGUUUUGGAUAAAACCCGAGGCUAUACCAGCUAGAGUGACGUUGGGUGUGACUUCGCUAUUGACACUCGCCACUCAAAACACUCAGUCACAACAGUCCCUGCCGCCUGUAUCCUACGUAAAAGCCAUCGAUAUAUGGAUGUCUUCGUGUUCGAUUUUCGUUUUUCUGUCCUUAAUGGAAUUCGCCGUCGUCAAUAAUUACAUGGGACCGGUGGCGACCAAAGUCAUGAAAGGAUACUCAGAAGAAGAUAUCCGAGGAGGCGAUGACUUUAAGGAACUAGACCCGAAAAGCCGAAGUCCGAUUAGGAGUGUAGCCACCGUAGCAGCGGCACCACAGUACCCGACUUUCUGUAACGGCCGCGCAAUCGCACUGUACAUCGACAAGUUCUCACGGUUCUUCUUCCCAUUUUCGUUUUUCAUCCUCAAUGUCGCCUAUUGGACAUCAUUCUUGUAAGCGACUAUACACCUAUACGUAUAUAAGUGACUAGACUUACGGCUUUUAGCCUAGUCUAAUAUGUACAACACAUGACAUAUUGACAUACCUACCUACAUAUGGCUACAUUCGAAUUAGACGACGUUUGUACAUCAUUACUGCGUUGUCGCCGUCAUUACGCUGUGACGAUGCAAGAUAUGUAAAUUUUACUAUUAUCGUAACUUUUUGUACGAAUCUCCUAGGUAAUUAUAUAGAUGUACCUUUAACCUAUCUACCUACUAUGCUCUACUAAUGAUUUUUUUUUUAUUUUAGUAAAACAUAUCAUAUUAUAUUAAGUCGCUGUAAUAAUAUUUUGUGUAAUUGCAUGAUUAAUAUUAAUUAUCGUUUAUCAAUCUAUAUACGUUUGUUUAAUAAAUUAUAUAUGUGUGUGUGUGUGUGUGAGAGAGAGUGUGUGAUUGAUUUUUAGAUAUAGUUAUAGCCGUAUAGUUAACCGUGUGUUUUUAAGUUAAAUACUUGAUAUAAUUUUGCAUUGAUAUUGAUGUACAAAUCGAUAUGCAGUACCUAUGUACCUAUACAUUAACAACUGUUAUUAUGACCGUUUAUAUUACGACAUUAAAAAGCCUGACAAAAUUGAUGUUUUUAUAUAGUUUUACUCAUAAUUUUAUUACUAAUAUCUAAUUAAUUAUUCGUAGUUCGUACAUAGGCUGAGCUUGAAAGUCAUAAAAGUUAAGAUCAACAAAACGAGAACAUAAAAAAAAUCUUAAAUAGGUAUGCAAAUUAAAAUUAAAACAUAUAAAUUAUUAUCUAGCAUAGCCAGCAUAGGUGUCUACACUAUUAUUAUGUUAAUAAAAAACUGCUAUUAUUCAUAUGAAAGAUAUAUAGUUUGAAAACUAUUCGAAUAAUGCUAUAAUAAUAUAGGUAUCUACCAUUAAAUUAUUACAAUAAAACAAGGCAUUAUCAAAAAGUUUUGUUUUAAUGGAAAAAUAUAUAUUUUUGUUGUUAAUUCACACAAGUCUUGAAAUAAUUGAGUAUUAAAUAGGCAUAUAAAUUAUAAGUAGUAAAAAAAACAUAUUAUUCGUAUUUAUUUUUUGAAAAUUUAAAAUAUAAUAUAAAAACUAAAAGAUAUGCACUGUUCUCUAAAACUGACAAAAUAUAAAUUUAAAAUAUUCGCGUUUUUAAACUCGUCAUUGAAUGAAUUUAUAACUUGGUCUAUUAUAAAUCGAGAGUAUUAAAAAAAAUAUGCAGUUUCUAAUUUCUAUGCCUUGAAUAUAAAUCAUAAACAUAGAUACCUAUAAAUGUUUAUUAUUAAUAAAUAAUUUAAAAAAAUGGAUGGGGCCAUACAUUUUUGUCAUGCUAACCACGGUGUCGUAAUAAACGGUUUCUUUUUUAAAAUUUUUUUUUUGUACUUUAAAAUAUGUAAUUUGUAUCUAUGGUAAAUGUGUACUAACAAAACACUAUGGUUAAUACAAUUAUUAUUUCUAACUCAUCUUUAAUCUAAUAUUAUACUUAAGUAAUGUUACUAGAAUAAUAUAAUAAUUAUAUAUACAUUGUUCUUAUUAAGUAACUACCUACUAUUAUAAUGAAAAACGUAUAUGGAUAAAUAAUGUAGUGAAAGUAUUAAGUAUAUUGUAACACUUAUUGUUUAAAUUAUGUACACACAAAUGAAACAAUUAAUUAAUGAUAAUAAAUUUCAUAUUUAAUUAAGCAAUAAAUCAAAAUUUUAACAUUAAAUUCUGCAGUGUAAGUGUAUAAACAGUAUGUUAACAUAAUAUAAUAUAUAAUGAAACCACAGAUAAAUUGGUAUUAAUAAUGCUUGUAUGUGUGGUACAGGUAGGUGGACAAAACUUAAAAUUGUCCCCUUAGUUUCAUCUCUCCUAUACAUUUUUACUAUUUGUUAUAAAAAAUGUA